UCUUGCACACAGACGUGUCGUGUCAUGUUCAAGUCAGUCUGAAGGUAGCAGUGCAAGCUCUCAUUAAAGAUGGUGUCUAGCGCCUGGAGAUGGGUCCUCUGGGCGUUUACUUCCGGUUUUGUACUCGUGACGUCACAGCCACCUGGCGACACGGGUGGGGCGGAUCUCACCAGCCGACAGUUUGCCGCCUUUGUCGGAGGUCGGGACCCCGUUGUGCAGGCGGGACAAACAUUUCUGAGUCUAAGGGAUGGAAGGGCGCUAGCCGGAGAUGCCAUGAUAAAUUAUACUGAUUACUUCUGUAACCCGGUGCAAGAACCGUGUAGCGUAUGGAGCCCUUACAGAACUCCCAACGGCGUCUGUAACAACUUGGCCUUCCCGAGAUGGGGAUCGGCUCCAACUCAAAUGAGACGUUUUCUACAACCUGUUUACGAAGAUGGCAUAAGUCUUCCCCGGACAAGGAGUGUGACUGGUGCUGCCCUUCCGAGCGCGCGUUUCAUUAGCUUGAUUGUCCACGUCACUGAGGACCCCGACGACAUCCCCAAGUACCGGGACAUCACCCACAUGCUUAUGCAGUGGGGUCACAUCACCGAUCACGACAUCACCCACUCACCAGUGCAAACACGCCCAAACAGACGGCCAUUGUUACAAGAUUGCUGUCUGGAAGGAGCCGCUGCCGCCGCGGCCGGCUCACUUCCUCGAGGAAACCCCUGUUUUCCUAUCUCAGUUCCACCGAAUGACCCUUUCUUCAUCGGCCGCACUUGUUUGAGCUUCACACGAUCUAUACAAGCGCCUAAUCUGCAGUGUCAACUUGACGGACCGGUGGAACAGGUGAAUGCCAUAACAGCCUUCUUGGAUUCGUCUAAUGUGUAUGGAUCGAGCAAGGAGGAGCUCGACAUACAGAGACUGAACGUUGACGGUCUUCUUAACUUCACCGACUAUAACCUUCUUCCAACUGAUGAGAGUGAAACAGCCGCGGGAGUGUGCAAUGCUCCAUGCUUCGAUGCAGGUGAUACCCGUAGGAACGAACAGAUGGGUCUAACCAGUAUGCAUACCCUAUUAAUGAGGGAACACAACCGUAUUGCCAGGACUCUUAAAAAGUACAACCCACAUUGGAACGAUGAGAAACUCUUUCAAGAAAGUAGAAAGAUCUUAAAUGCAAUGGCUCAGAAAAUAACCUACAGCGACUUUCUAAAUAUCGUCCUCGAUCCUGAGACACGAUGGAAAAACAACAUUGAUUCAACCGGACCUGGGUAUGCCAAUGUCUAUGAGCCAUCUAUCGACCCCAGUAUUCGGAAUGUUUUUGGUGCUGCUGCCUUUCGGUUCGGACAUACCCUUGUACGUACAUUCUUCAGCCGACGUCGCCCGAAUUAUUCAGUCAAAGUCAUUCACAGAUUGAGUGACCUUUUUGGCAAGACCAAAAUCAUAAGGGACUCCAAAGGAAAUGCUGUGCAUGAAUUCUUACGUGGCCAACUUGUCGACACUGCUGGCAGGUUUGACCGGUUCAUAACUCCUUCCUUGACCAACGAGUUGUUCAAGAGCGCAACAAACAGUUUGGAUCUGGCAGCGUUCAACAUCCAGCGUGGGAGGGAUCAUGGCACACAGUCGUAUAACGCCUGGAGACAGUUCUGUGGACUUCCAAGGGCCUAUUACUUCUCAACAGGAUACGGCGGCUUCACGGACCACAACGAGGACGCCGUGAAUCAGCUUGCCAAAGCAUAUGCUGGCUUAAGCCCGGAUGAUGUUGAUAUUUUCCCUGGUGCUAUAUCUGAAAGACCUGUACCAGGUGGCAUUGUCGGACCAACCUUUGCGUGUUUAAUCGGGAGACAGUUUGGAUUAAUCAAAAAAGGGGAUCGCUUCUGGUACGAACUGAACAGACCGGUGACAGGUUUCACAAGAGCCCAGCUGGCUGAGAUCCGGAAGGCCAGCCUGUCCAGGAUCAUUUGUGACAACACGGACACCUUCUUUGUACAACAAAAUGCCUUCAAGAAAGUACAUAGAUACAGGAACCCCUACCAGUCCUGUUACGAUCUCCCACAAGUAGACCUGAGUAAGUGGUGCGAGUGGUCCUCCUCCCAUUGGUAGAGUCCCCAUCUCUCCAAGCCAGCCUCAUUGCCAUGGUUCAUCAUGCAGACACAAUACAAUCACCGCGGAUGAGAUGCCUGUUAAAUGCAAAACACCUGCGAUCCGGAAUGAAUAUGAAUGUCAAAAUAACACUUUAAAUGAUUUUGAAUAAAAUUCAGAUAUAUGACAAAACACAAA